UUGUAAAGAUAAAGGUGAUACUUCAAGUAAAACAAAGAUGAAGUGAGUGGAAGAUCACCAGAUCGUGGAUACUACUUCUAAAGGUAAUGAUUACUUUAGCUUUGUUAGUUUUCAGAAUCUUCCAGGGUUUUAGGUUUCUUUUGAUUACAUCCCAAGUAAUAGUUACACUUUAUUUUUGGUCUUAAUUUAGCUACUUGAUAUUAGAUUAUAGAGCCUAUUUCUUUGUAAAAUAAUCAACUUACUUUGCCAACUCAGCAAGGAUAAGAGAUUUUAAAAGCUAUCUCCCAAACUCUACUACUCAUUUUCUCUUGUCUUCUUAUCAAGGCUUGGUAAAAUAGUGCUAUAUCAGGGUUAAUUCUGGGAAUUUUCUGUGCUCCUUGUUGCAGUUGUAAUAAUAGGACUCACCAUAAUCGCAAAUGACGCUAGAGAAUUAAAGCUUUCACUUAGAAAUAGCUUCAGCAUUGUAGGUCAUAUUUAAAUAAAGCUUGGCUUGUUAAGAAAAGUUGAUAUUUCCUGCAUAUUUUGAUCGGAGAUUCAUUAACCACACUUUUCUCCAAAUAGCUGCAUUUUUUCGGAAUGGGAUAGUAAACGAACUAUGACUUGAGCUAGUUAACGAUGUGAUGAUAAAUCAUUUGGUUGUCGCUUUGCUAAGUUCCAGGCUUUAUAGAGACAUUUUGGAUUUUAUUCCUCUUUUGAAAUGCCGAAAUCCUGAUGGAUCAUAGAAAUAAUUAUUUCAAUAUUUUCAUAAUUUGAUUCGCUUUCGGAAUGAGUGCUUAAUUUUAUGGUAACGUUUUAAUUAAUUCAGAAUCAUAAGACACUUUAUUUGCUUACAAGUGAGAGCUUGAGAGUGCUAAAACAAUUUUUUGUUAUUAUCUAAAAAUUUUGGAGAUUAUAAAAAAAUGAUUCUUACAUCAUUUAUAAUUUCGUUUUGUUAUUAAUCAUUAUGGUCGCUUGUCUUCGGCUGAGUUCAUUAAUCCAAUAGUCUUCAAAAAUAUUUGAAAGAAUUCGAUCUCAUCUAGUAGCUCUAAUCCUACACACGGACUUGAAAAUUGCACUCUUUGUGUAUUAUAUCUUUCAAAUUCAAUUUUUCUGUGCCUAUGUUUCAAAUCAAGGAUUCUUCCAUUAUUCAGCUCCAAAUUAGCUGAGCAAGAAAAGGUGUGAAAUAAACAGUCCUCAAAAGAGUCUAAGAAGAGACUCACUAGAGCGAAGCCUAAAAGUCAGGAGAUUAUGACUAAAACUAAAAAAAAAAACAAGGCUUCAAAGAAAUCUCAGAACAAAGCUAGCAAAAGAGAAUCAAUAACAGGCUGGGAUAAGCUUAUGAGUAGAAUAGAGCUGAGCAAAUUCAGCCAAAAGACCAGUCCUGCUGAAAUCAGAGAAGCUGGACUGUCAAGCACCUCAGCUUCCAGAUCAAGCCUUCAUAAGACCACUUCCUUUACCUCAAAACCCUCUACAUUCUCCAAAGACCCCAACUUCGACUUCUUCAACGCCUUAAGCGAGUACUCAUCUCCUUCCAAAAGGUCCAAACCCAAAAACACCCCCCUCAAGAUCGACAGCUGCUACCUCACUAAGACCAAAUCAAAAACUUAUCCUCCCAAAAAUUGCGCUCAGUCCAAAAUCUUAACUUAG